CGUCGUCGAGGCGGUACUCUGCUCGAGCUAGACCGGAUGUUGCUUCGUGCUCCUCCCCUAGCAGCCGGAUGGAAUCACUAUAUGGGUGCUAUUCGUUCAGGGACCUCCCUGACGGAUGCCAUUAGAGAGCUGAGUAUCUGCUAUGUGGCCGUCUUGAACAAUGCAGAUUAUGAGUGGCAGCAGCACGUCGGACUUGCCAUUAAAGCCGGUGUCUCAACGUCAAUCAUGGAUCAAGUACACGACGAUGUGCUUGACGCCUUGGAUGACGAGCAGAGACUUGUUUUGGAUUAUACGCGUGCUAUGACACGAGAUAUCAGCGUACAAGAUGAUCUCUUCGCAAAAGUCAAGGAUCAUUUCAGUGAAGUAGCAACGGUCGAGCUGACUGCUACAAUUGCUGCCUACAAUAUGGUCUCUCGCUUCCUCGUUGCGCUUCAUAUUGGG